CCCUGUCAUUUGAAAAGUGGACCUACCUACCUGUCAGGUAUUUUCUAAUUUCAAUAACGUUUGAAUGAACAAUUUAAACUGUAAAAUAUGGGAAAUUUAAUGUGGGCAGGCGUAGGAUUUGUUAUUUGUAUAUUUUCCAGUCUUUUGAUAAUCAUCGCAUUCGCGACCCCAUAUUGGAUCGUACCAGAGGAUGGGGCAAUUGUUUCUACCCAGUUAGAAAAGCUAGGACUGUGGGAAAUCUGUUUCGCCGGAUACUCGGAUCAUAGGGACAGUUUUGGACGGACAUAUAAUGGCUGUUGGUGGAUAUUUGCCCGAGAAUAUGAUGCGAUUAGAAAAUAUCUCAUCACAGGUUGGUUUGCUACAACACAAGCCUUAAUGACCGUCAGCGUGAUCCUGUCAUUGUGCAGUGUACUGUUCGGACUUCUCAUGCUGUUGAAUUGUAUGCCUUCAAUAGCACAGAAAUACUCUGCUAUAUUCGUCUGUCUAUCAAAUUAUCUUAUAUUUGUUCUUAUAGCGGUAGGGUUGAUAUAUUUCGGUACUCACGCCGAUACCGACAGAUCGUGGCUCAGGUUUCCGAACCUACGGACUUUAUCCUGGUCCUUUUAUUUAGCAGCUAUUGGUGGUAUUUUGGCUUUACUGUCAGCAUUGGCUUAUACUCUGUACUGGAUGAAAGUGCGGGUGGCAGGACGGCACAGUACGGCUUAUAGAGCACACGAGCUCAGGACAUACAGGACGGAUCGUUACUAUAGAUGAGAUUUAAAAGAAAUCCAGGGAAAAUAAAGCAAGAACAUUUGUUGCUAUAAGAAGAAAUUCUUACCGUAUAAGAGAUAUGCUUAUAGAAUGAAUGCAUAUAUGAAUGGCGUUUACAAACGCACCUGUAGAGACUGCUCGUUUUCAUUUCUUAUUGGGAGUACAGUUUUCUGAAAAGUCAAAUACAGCAUCGAUCAGUGAACCAUCGACAUUUAAUGCAAAAAUAUUUAAUUGUUUCCCCAUUCAAACUGCACACGUCGCUAUAUUUCGAUAUACAUCAUGAUUAAAUCACCAGUAACUGCAUUGAAGAUGCCGUAUUUGUCUGGUGAGUCCUUGUCGGACAUAGUUAUGGCCGACAUAUUGAGCGACGACAUAGUGCUGGUGUUCUUGUACGAUCACUUGAUCGUCGGUGUAGGCGUUGCUUAAGAUUUUUAUUUACUGUAUCGGGCGUAGAUCCGGAACUUUGUAUACUUGUCUAUCGUCAUUGAGUAAGCCCUAAGUAGGCCAAGUACCAUUACUUUCGUUAGCAUUUUGUAAGAAUCAAAGUGUGGCUUUUUUUUGUUCUUAAAAAGUUGGUAUAUAAAGUUGGCCUGUAUCUAUAAAAAAAAUUCUCGCUCUCUGUUCUGGCCAAUUUCUGAGGGGUUUGUCCCAUUCUGUCCCUCUGAUCAGAUCGCUCUGUGUCUGUACUAGUAGAGGAUGAAUUUGGCGCCCUGAGUGGCUUUCUUUGCGCUUUGUAAGGCGCCUUUGAAUGUGUUUCUCAUGAAAAGAACGCUAUAUAAAUCUGGUAUAAUAAAAAUAUUGGUUUAAAAUAUCUUUUAUUGAUCAACAUUUUUGAAAUUUGAAAGAGCUAUAGCUUUGAAACUUUGCACACUUGUUCAUUGGUUAUAGACGAAUAAAUAGGCUAAGAAAAGUAACUCUAUCCAUUCUAUCAGAAUUAUGACCCCUUUUUAUUAGAAAAAUUGGUAUUUCUUAGUUAAACAUUUUGUUUAUGUCCACUGUUAUUGACUUCAUAUACUUUAACAGCUUUAUAGCUUUGAAAAAAAAUCUACAUUUGAGCCGUGCCAUGGGAAAACCAACAUAGUGGGUUUGCGACCAGCAUGGAUCCAGACCAGCCUGCGCAUCCGCGCAGUCUGGUCAGGCUCCAUGCUGUUCGCUUUUAAAGCCUAUUGGAAUUGGUGAAACUGUUAGCGAACAGCAUGGAUCCUGACCAGACUGCGCGGAUGCGCAGGCUGGUCUGGAUCCAUGCUGGUCGCAUACCCACUAUGUUGGUUUUCCCAUGGCGCGGCUCAUUUGUUUAUCAGCAAUAUGUGGGUAACUAGGCCAAGAACCAUAACUCUUGUAUCUUCUUUAAUGUUUGGACCUUAUCAGGCAAGGUAUUUGUGUAUAAAUGUGCAGGGCGUUCAUUGAAUUAGGUUUUUUUUUUGUAACUUGUUGUUUAUUUUGUUAUCAUCUUUGUUUGUCUGAAAAAGCAUAAUACAUGUACAUAAACAUAUGAGAGCAAACACAAUUUUAAGGUUACUAUUUUAGUUGUUUUUAUUUAAUUUCUAUUUGUGAAGAUGUAAUAAGGAAUAGAUAAUUUAAUCAUUUACAUUUACUAAAAUAUUUCAGAUUCCUUUUUCAAAGCUUUCUCCUUAAAGUUUGCCUUAAGGUAAUGGACCCGUAAUCAGAAAUUUCUAUUCCGUAUGUGAUUUCGGUCAGAGACCACAAAUUUAAAAAAAGUUACAUGGAAUUUAGUGGGAAUAAGGUAAUCGUAUACAUUGUAUCUGGGAAUAAGGUAAAGUUUAUUCCGUUUUGAUUGGUCAGCAAUAUUAACAAAAGCCAAGAAGUAACAUAUUUUUCAAAAUUGAGCAUUUUCAGUGCGUUUAGAGUAUUUUAAUACACAUUUUGACAAAAAGUUAAUGUAUUUGAUGUAUUUCAAAAAAAGUUUCAUGAAACGGGUUUUGUCCCUCCAUGCGAACGAUGUUAACAGGGGAUCAUAUCAUUCACACGAAAAAUACUCAAAUGAAAUACCACUAUUUAUAUGGUUCUCAUCCAUUAUUUUGCUGUAACUAAGACAUUUCUUGAAAAAAAAAGUGAUUAUAUAUACAUGUUUCGAUUUAUGGAGGGCCGUACACGCCAUAAUGCUAUAAUGAAAAACUAAGGGAAAACAGUUUGUGGUCUCUAAACAUUGGCACUUUCCGGUUGUUAAGGACGCCAUUGCUCCUGUGAGCUACAUUAAUGACCCGCGAAGAAUGCCGAAAUAACAGACGAAGAGGUAGUCACACGGAAAUUGCCGAAUACGGAUCCACUACCUUAAGUAGAAUCUGAAUGAGGUACUAUUUUAGAUUAUAUAGCCACAGUGUAUUAUUCUGGCUAAAAGCCACAUAAAGAUUGUCCAAACUCAUUUCAGUGUUCUACCUUCUGUUUUUAUCAGUGCAACCCAAAAUCAUAUGUUAUACAUUAAUAUUUAUGUUAUAUGUAAUGAGAUAAGUUGAUCUCGGUGUUUUUAUAAUUUCUGAUCCUUUCGGAUCAUGGUGUCCAUUCCGUGUUUCUGUAUAAUAAAUUUCUGCUUAACGUUAUGGACCCGUAAUGGCAAUCGGCAGUUUCCGUUCAUUUACGAAUUCUCUGUAUGCGAUUUCGGCAUUCUCCGGUUGUUCGGAAAAAUAACUUUCUGUUAUGGCCGAAGUAUGCCGAAAUCGCAAACGGAGGAUACGUAAUCACACGGAAAGAGCCGAUUGUCAUUACGUGUUCACAACCAGAAGCCGGUGCUAGUGGGCGUGAGGUGCGCUGCUCAUUUCAUUACCUCUCAUUCACAGAUUCAGUCAAACCGAGUCUGCUACUAUUCUCCUUGGUUGCAAAUACAGAAAUGUUUUAACUGUACCUGAGCAAAGCCUUUUGUUGAUGAACCAUUUUAACUUUUAAGUAAGUUUAGACAUGACAAAUAAAGACUUGUGAUCACUCGCAUAGGUCAUAAAUACUGCAAACUGCACAUGAAAUACAUAGUUACACUUUAUAUAAGAUAAUUUUAUAUGUAUACAUUUUUAACGACUCAGUGUGUUUACUGCUGUAAGCGUUGUAUGUAUAUUUUAUAUAAUUAUAUCAUUCUACAUUGUGUCAUAUAAUGUCUGUAUUUGAAUAUAAGUAAAAUUGUUAAAUAUUGUGUACAGCUUUUAUAAGGAAAAUGCUUUGGUUCAUUCAUAGUUUUUAUUCUCUUUGAGUAAAUAUUGACUGUUUAUUUUACGUCCAUUUGAAAUAAAAGACAUUUUUAAAGUU